UCAAUGGUACUGAGUGCUUGAACAUGAUUUCAACAGAGAUGAAUGAACAUUUCAAAUGUUGAAAUAUUCAAUUAAUUAAACCUUUAUUUAGUAACACCGCUAUAACAGCAUCGUUGCAGGAUUACGUGCAAGACGAGUGCUGUAGUCGCACGUCAUGAGUAAAGAUGAAGACCACCGGGCCACCUCUACUCCUGCUUCUGCUCGCGGUCGCAGGGCUGAGCCGAGCCCAGUCCAAGAAGACCUCUCUCCUGGAUUUGACCAACAGCGUCGGGAGCAUCCUUCCCAGCCUGAGCCGACCAGCAAACCACAGCCGCAUUUUCUAUGCAGUAAUGUUUGAUGCAGGGAGCACAGGGACACGCAUCCAUGUCUACACCUUCAUCCAGAGUGGCUCGGAGGAGCUGCCUGUUUUGGACAAUGAGAUGUUCCAUUCCACAAAGCCUGGUUUGUCCGCAUAUGCUGACUCCCCCGAAAUGGCUGGACACACAGUGAGGAUGUUGUUGAAGGUGGCCAAGAAGACGGUGCCCCGUCUGGAGUGGAAGAGAACUCCACUGGUUCUCAGAGCUACAGCUGGACUUCGGCUGCUGGCCACAGAGAAAGCUCAGCUUCUAUUGGAGCAGGUUCAACUUGUGUUUGAUCAAUCUCCUUUUUUGGUCCCAGACGACAGCGUCAGCAUAAUGAACGGCACAAAUGAAGGAAUCCUGGCUUGGAUAUCUGUGAACUAUCUGACAGGUCACCUGAAUGCACAAAGCAAGGAGACAGUGGGAAUCUUGGAUCUGGGAGGAGGAUCCACGCAGAUCACUUUCCUGCCAAAGCCUUGGAAAAGUAUUGAAAGUGUUCCUGUCGCCGAUUACGUUGCCAGAUAUGACUUCUCCAACUCAACAUUUGAAUUGUACACUUACAGUUACCUUGGAAAUGGACUGAUGGCGGCGCGACUGGCCACGCUGGGCGCUUUGGGUGCAGAAGGGUUGGAGUGGCGGGUUUUUACAAGUUCCUGCCUGCCAAGGAAGUUCAGGGAUGACUGGAGCUUUGGAGGGCUGACCUAUCAAGUGAGCGGAGACCCACAUGGUUACGCCGGAUACAAGCUUUGUUAUCAGGAAGUACUUAAGGUGGUGAAGGGGAUUAUUCACCAGCCGUAUGAGCUCCAAGACAGCAAUGUAUUCUAUGCAUUCUCCUAUUACUUUGACAGAGCAGUGGAUGCAGGCCUUAUCGAUGGGGUCCAUGGAGGGACGCUGGAGGUCAGAGACUUUAAGAAGAGAGCUAAAGAGGUGUGCAAUAAGAUGACCAAGUACCCUCCCAUCAGUGCUUUCCUGUGCAUGGACAUGACCUACAUCACCUGUCUGCUCAAGAAUGGAUUCGGCUUCAAGGAGAGGACAGUGCUGCAGGUGAGGCAGCAUUAUACAACAGGCAGGGUUUGGGGCCUCGCUUUUAAGGACGCAACAAAAGGAAUGGACAGGAAUAGUUUGACCAAGAAAGUGAACAACGUGGAGGCAAGCUGGGCUUUAGGCGCCACGUUGGAUCACUUCCACAACCUGAAGAUCCACUGAGGAGAAGGCAGGAACAAACACUGCUGAUCUGUAGGUGGUGCUCAGUAACCAACACGGGUAAUGUGCACUACCUAAUCGAACGGCCGCAGAUGUCUGCAGUUUGUUUUACAACUGGGCAGAGCUAACCUCAUGAGUAAUUCGUCAUUUAUUUUAAAAAGCAGUUAUUUUCAAGUGUUAAUAUAUUGAGCUGUAAAUGAGUUGUCUUACAAGUGAAGCACUAGAGGUUGACAUUUGAGUGAAAAAUACACAUUCUGAUAAUGCAUUACUGGAUAUACAAUUUGUGUGAGAGAUGUUUUUGUUUUCCUCAGGCUGAUGAACAGGGGGGGGGGGGGGGGCCUGGCUUGUUCGGCUGUGCAAGACCAAAGUUUACAUGCAGCGGUGUGAUGGACUGUGCUUUGGUAGUUUUAAUGUCAUGUGUUUUUUAGUAUACUAAAAUGAUAAUGGGGUCUACGUGUCUGGUACAUUAACAUUCAACAGGUGAUCAUAUCUGCCAUUGAAGUUUUAAAAAUAAGUGGAACUCAUUUUCCACGAGAGAAUGUCAUCACUGCAUUUCAACCCCCGACUGCGGUUUACAAUGAUAAUGUACAAUGCAUGGUCAUUAUAUUUUCAUAAACUUUUAAACCCG